AUGCGGGGCACAUUCAGGAGUCAUGGCUGUGGAACAGCUGGGGGAUACCAGAGCAGCGGGCCUGAGGGUGAGGAUCACUGGGCCUCACACUUCCCACACUGUGGGACAACGUUGCAGUCUCCCAUUGACUUCCACUCUGGCAUCUUCACUUUCAACCCUGCCCUGGAGCCCAUCCAGUUACUGGGAUACAACCUGUCCACCACACAGACGCUGUCCAUAACCAACGAUGGCCAUGCAGUGAAAGUCACCCUGCCUCCCACCAUGCACAUCGUCAGCAUGUCGCAUCGCUACACUGCCGUGCAGCUCCACCUGCACUGGGGCAGCGAGACGGAGCCCGUGGGGUCUGAACACACCAUCAGCGGGGUACACUACCCAUCGGAGUUGCACAUUGUUCACUACAACUCUGAGAAAUACGAGAAUAUAUCGAUGGCGAUGGACAAAGCGGAUGGGCUGGCCGUGAUAGGGAUUCUGCUAGAGAUUGGGCCCUUCAACCCUGCCUACGACCAGAUCUUUAAGCAUUUGAACGACAUUCAGUAUAAAGGUCAAAAGAUCGUGAUCCCGGGAUUUGAUAUACACGACCUCCUGCCAGGCCGACUGGACAAGUAUUUCCGGUACAACGGAUCGCUGACCACCCCUCCAUGUUAUCCCAGUGUGCAGUGGACCGUACUGAGAGAGCCAGUGCAGAUAUCCAGUGAACAGCUUCUGGAGCUCGAGAGUGACCUGUACUUCUCCAACAAGGGUGAAGGCAAUCAAACAGCGUUGGUGGACAAUUACAGACACGUCCAGGAUCUCGGCGAGAGAGAGGUCUUAAUUUCCUUCCAAGAGCCUGUAAAUGCGGGACAGAGCCUGUCUCCAGGCGUGAUCCUGGUCAUCGCAUUCUGCUGCGUGCUUGGUGUCACCGUCGCUGUGGCCAUCACCAUUUUCUUUCUGAAGAAGAGAGCGCGUAAAACGACAGAGGACGGGGGGACGGUGUACAAGGCGGCGACGGCGGCAGACACUCCCGCGCAGGCCUGAGCCGCCGGCAGCGUCUCACGUGGCCACCAGCGCUCUAACGUGUCGGGACAUCGACCAUCGAUACCUGGAGAUGUGGCAACAACCUAUAGCUGUUUGCAGUGCAGUGUCAUCUGUAGUGUCCUCUCCUGAAUCCUGGCCUUACCGUUGAUUGAAAUGUUCUCUUUAAAUGACAAUGUUUCAUUACUUUCUUUUUUCCAUUUCUUACACCACUCCUGAAAACGCACGUCUUCCCAUUGUAGAAGGGAAAUAUGCAUCGGAGUUUCACACCUGUGACUGCACUCCGGAAUCGAAUGAACUGCAGAUUGUAGAGCCUUGAUCAAAAGACAAAGCGCUGGGUUACACAACAGGUCAGGCAGCAUCUAUGGAGGGAUGGAACCGCUGAGUUACUCCAGCACUUUGUAUUUUACUCGAUUCCAGCAUCUGCAGUUCCUCGUGCCUCCAUCUCACUGCAGAAUCCACUCAAGGGUAUGUCCACAUUGAAGAAGUUCUCCUCCUCUCUCCAACUGGAGUUGAGUUUAGUUUAGAAAUAAACCUCUAGUUGUCUGGAAACAGGCCCUUCGGCCCACGGAGUCCCCGCGCACUAAAACUAUCCCACACACUCUAGGGACAAUUUACAAUUAUCCCAAAGCCAAUUAAUCUACAAACCAGCACGUCUUUGGAGUGUGGGAGGAAACCAAAACACCAGGAGAAAACCCAUGCAGGUCACGGGGAGAACGUACAAACUCCGUACAGACAGCACCCGUAGUCGGGAUCGAACCCAGGUCUCUGGUGCUGCAAGGCAGCUACUCUACCGCUGCGCCACCGUGCCGCCCUCUCUCACUCCUCCCCCUCUGUGAUUUUCCUCCUGCUCUCCUGUCCGAACCAUGUCCUCCACGAUGCUGCCCGACCCGCUGAGUUCAUCCACCACUUUGUGUUUCAUUCAUGAAUUUAAUAAUAUGAGAUGGGACUUUGGUCAUUUUACCACCGAGGAUAUGUCAGAUAUUUAUUCCAAAUCCUCAAUCUGAGGUUAAAAGAAUUUGGUUCAACAAAUUAAAAAGUAAAAUGGUGUUUCUCAGUUAAUUAGCCCACAGCUGAUAAGCUGCAAAUUGUAGCAACAUAAAUGUAGGGAUGUGAAUUUUCUGUGUUCACCAGUAGAUACGUGAAUUGGUUCCAGUUUGUCCAAUACCAGCAAUAUAACAGUAUAGUUUGUGUGUUAGAGGUACACAAGGAAACAGGCCAUUCGGCCCAGCAUCUUCAUGUUGACCAUCAAUCACCAUUCACACUAGUUCUAUGUUAUCCCAAUUUCCCAUCCACUCCCUACACAAUAUGGGCGAUUUACGGAAGGCUGAUUAACCUACAAACCCGCUUGUUGUUGGGAUGUGGGAGGAAACCGGAGCACCCGGAGGGAACAGUGCGUUUGUCAGCCCUGGUCCUGUAUUCGCUGGAGUUUAGAAGCAUGAGGGGGAACCUCAUUGAAACGUACAGGAUAGUGAAGGGCUUGCAUAGAGUGGAUGUGGAAAGGAUGUUUCUACUAGUGGGAGAGUCUAGGCCUGAGAAUUAAAGGACGUUCUUUUAGGCAGGAGAUGAGGACGAAUUUCUUUAGUCAGAGGGUGGUGAAUCUGUGGAAUUGUUUGCCACAGACGGCUGUGGAGGCCAAGUCAGUGGAUAUAUUUAAGGCAGAGAUAGAUGGGUUCUUGAUUAGUACAGGUGUCAGAGGUUAUGGGGAGAAGGCAGGAGACUGGGGUUAGGAGGGAGAGAUAGAUCAGCCAUGAUUGAAUAGUGGAGUAGACUUGAUGGGCUGAAUGGCCUAAUUCUACUCCUAUCACUUAUGAUCUUAUGAAACCCACGCGGUCACGGGGAGAACAUGCCAACUCCACCCAGACAGCACCCGAGAUCAGGAUCGAACCCGGGUCUCUGGCGCUGUGAGGCAGUGGUUCUACCACUUGAGCCACUGUGCUGCCCAUAUACAUAGCCAGUAGCAAUACACGGUACAACUCCACAGGCACACCUGACACUAUUGGAGGGGUCAAUAUAGAAUGGGCCAUUUUGCGAUUACCAAUAGCCCAAAGCUGAGUCUUCUACUCAAACGUCAAAGAUCGGAGUUGAAAUGAAAUGCUGUUGAUCUAUUUACUUUUUUCCGUAACAGUGAAACUUUAUUCUGUCCCCCAAAUUUUUGGUUGUUGUGAAUUUUGUAUGGGUCAAUUUCCGUCACCUGACCAGCUGAAACCAGGAGUUGCCUGUAUUGUAUCAUCUUUAUAUUUAACACGAAAAACAUUAAAAAUCUAAAAUAGCC